AUGUUACCAUCUUACACAGGCUCAAUGAGCAUUGAUUCGAACGAUGCCAGCGACUCCUUAUCAAUUGGCGACGCUGGCUCCAGUCAAGACAUAGGAGUCCAAUUGGCAUCCUUGACCGGAUUAUCUACCAUUACUGUUGGAGAAAUUCUGGAGAAAUACCAGAAUAACGUUGAUCUAUUAAAACACAUCCUCAUCGCAAAAACCCAAGAAGACAAAAGACGUACUGCUGAAGAGAUUAGACUUGCUGAAGAAGCACGACUACAGAAUAAAUACCUUGAUUUCGAAUUAAAUCAUCACAGACGGUCCAGGAGUGAGCCGUCCUUCUCCCAGGAUUUGCAUCAUGAGCCAUCAGCAGAUCCUCUGAUGUUACCAAACACAAGUGACAUUGAUACCAGCUGGUUAUCAUCCUUACAAGCCGGGAGUGAUAUCUCUGCGAUGUCUCCAUUUGCAACUGGCUCUAGUCUACAUGACUUUAACAGCCCUCCAUCACCAUCACAGUCAAUUAUUCUACCUUCUCCUUAUAUGUCCUUCGAUGUACCAUUUUCCAACCUUUCGCUCUCUGUUGCAUCAUCCCCUGAGCCAAUUGAACUUGCCCAGAGUCUGACAAUGUCUCCAAAGGCAUCUGAGUCUCAAGCAUCAUCCCCCGGAUCAUCGUCCCUCUCUAAAACAAGGUAUAAGAGAAGAUCGUUCACCGAAACUUUGCGCCCAGAGGGUCGAAACAAACUGUCUGGAAAAUCUAUAAGAAAAUCCAGAAAGAGUAUAACCCCCCCUCUUGAGGAGGAGGAGGAAAACAAAGCUAAAGACAAGCAAGAUAAUGAAGAAGUAUCUCCACAGUCACUGGAUCACAAUACUGUUAUGGAGGCCCUUCGUGCAAAGCUGCGCCGGUCAUCACAGAACCAGAAAUCAUCCAAAGAACGUACCCCACCAGCCUCCAGUACCAGUGUACUUUUCCUUGACUUGCACAGCCGACGAAAGACGUUUCCUGGACGUAGAAACCAAUCUUAG